ACCCACGUACAUUGCUCCUCGGAAAAAACAAAACCACGAGCGCUCCCCAAAUUACAAUACUUGCGGCUGCUUCAGCCUCUUGUUUUCGUUCUCUAUCACUUUUCUCGAGCCACUUUUAUAAAACCAAAUCGUCCAUGCAACACCGAAGUCCAAAAACAUAGCUAAAUCCAAAGAUCAAAACAAACUUUUUUAUUAAAGAAAAAAAGACACUUUUAAGAGACUUAAAACGAAGAAAGAAGAGAUGAAUGCCGGAAAGCAAGCUUCGUGGGUGGUGGCGACGGCGAUCGCGGCGGUGGAAGUGCUAAAGGACCAAGGCGUUGCUCGGUGGAACUACCCUCUUCGUUUACUCCACAAAGAAGCAAUGGCUCGCGUCCGUUCCAUCACAGUCCCAUCUCGUCCCUCUCCUUCUCCGUCUUCGUCUUCGGCUGAUGUCAUCAGAUCCAAGCCCAUGACCACCACACCCUUUGAGAAAUCCUUUGAGAAAGCAAUGGGGCUUAGCUGCUUUGGUCCCACCACUGUUAGAUUCUAGAUCACUCUAUGUACUUGUUGUACGUAAAUCAGAAUGAAUGUGCGUCUAUGACUUGCACAUCAUUAGGAGGUCCAACAUAUGAUGUUGUACUCGUUCUAACAUUUAGCUUAAACAAUCCUUAUCAAUUUUGAAAUAAAUCUGGCUCAUGUGUUCGGUUUUA